AUGGCUGGUUCAACAGGAUGUCGUUUAAGGGCAAAUGGCCCGCCGAAUCAUCACGCCAAGUUUCUCAAGCGUUUUGCUGCCAAAGAGGCGCAGCGAAGAGUUCCAAAGCCGGCACCUCUCUCGGCAGAGGAACAUGCUGCGAAUCGGAAGCGACUAAGCAAAGUCCGCUUCGUCAAGCCGAAGUACUCAGAGGAGACCAUGAUCAAUGUCACUGGCAUUUUCAAGAAGUGGAAACGGUACUGCGAUGAGAACAAAGUUGGUGACUGGGAGCAGACGAUCCGGUGCCUACGUCGAGAAACGACGAUGGACUUCUUCCUCUUCGUAUGCGGUAACUACAACGUCAAAUCGUGGGGAACUUCAGAGGAGUACAUGCGCCAGUUCCAGCAGCUUUACACGACGGUCACAGGCCAAUACAUGAAUCGGAACGACAGUAAAGAAGUGUAUAAGUACCACCAUAAUGUAUUAGUCCCUAGAUUUGGCCUCCGUGCGCCGAAUAUUGAUGGCAAGGCUGUCCUAAAUGUCGACAGUCUGCGAGUCAUUUUGACGUUUAAUAUUGCUUACGACACCGGCGCAUUCGACCUGGAGCGGCAUCGCAUCCAACUGGCUGGUUGCUACCAAAUUCUUUGCUAUACUGGAGCGCGGCCGGCCGAACUAGUAGACGGUGAAAGGAAGAAACCUAAAGACGGCUCCAUCGAAAAGCUAUUCGGGCAGAAGGUCGUCCAGCAGGCUGAGGGUGCCUCGGAUGCAGCAGACGCCUUAGACGAAGAGUCGCAGAAGGUAGAGGAGCUACUCUCCAUGGAAACAACAAAGCGCGGACGACCAAAGGCUCUUUGCUAUGAAGACAUUCUUAUGAUGCUUGUCCGUCAUCCUGUCACAGGACUGCCUGUUCUGGCUAUGGCCAUCAAGUUCAUUCACCACAAGGGAGCCGAUAAAAAGCCUAGGCCGACCAUUUUUUUCUUCACUCCAAGCAAGAAGUUAAUCUUUUGCCCCAUAACAGUCAUUCUUGCCCUUGCGUUGCAUGACCGUGCCUUCGACGCACCAAGCCUAACCAAUGCAUCCCGUGUGUUCGAAUCGCAGGUCUGGGGUCCGACUCAGUGCACGCAGCUUCGGUGGAAGGAGGAGAUGCUCAAGAUGCCCGUUUUCCGCCGCGUUCGGGGCUGUGAGCUCUCCACCAACGAGGCUAUGCUAUACUCAAAACUCAAUUACGACAUGGGGCGACAAAGUCUCGAUUCUGGGCAUGAGAAGGCUUGGACACCAAGAUUUGCUCGCAGAGGCGCCGCCAAUGCGGCUGAUGGUGACGCGCCCGAUUCAGUUCGUGACCAGAUGAUGCGGCAUGAUCCUAGGUUUUCUACCUUCUUCAGUGCGUACUUGAACGAGAUUGCGAGGUUCGACCUUCAAAAUGCGUUCCUGGAAGAGGAGAAGCAGGAUCAGUUAUUUCGGAUGUUUGCACACGUUAGCCUCACCCGAGACCCUCGAGCAACCCGCGAUAUGGUGCCGGACGAAGUUUGGGCUCAGGUGCCACCUGAUCCGGAUAUCAUGGAACUAGAAGAGGAGCGCGCGCGGCUGAAGCAGGGCCGGUAUCGAAUAGCUGGCAGUGAAAAUGAAGAGAAAAUACGGGAGCUGACUGACAAAAUCAGAACGAAAAAGGCAGAGCGAGAGAAGCGGAUUGUCAAGGACUAUCGCGAGUACUACUUCUACCAUCGUCCCACCUGGGACAUCGAAGCCCAAGCUCGCGGGGAGGUGGAAGAGCAGUAUGAAGAGCCUGUUAUUGACCUCGUUGUUCCCGAGCGUGCCAGGCUGGCCGAGAUACUCUGCUUUCAGCCCAAGGACUUGACGGAAGAACAAAUCUCCUGCAUCAGGACAGAGGCAGUUGACCUCAUGGUCGCGCUUUGCGACAAAAGGAACACCGGCAAAGUUAGACAAACUCGGCCAAGGGCUCCACCCCAACCCCAAGUACAGCAAUUCAUCAAGGAAGAAUCGCCUGGAUUUGGAGCCUGGUACGAACCCGAUCUCUUCCCACUUCUCAUGGAUGCAAGUCAAUGUCCAGAUUGCAUCGGGGAUGAGCGAUUAACGGCCGCAGAGCGCACCUUUCAGUGGUGUCGCCCGACCAUCCGAAAUGAUCACUUCGAUGACCAGCACCUGACUGACCGCGAAGCUACCGCGGAGCGAGGGGAGGCGCUUGUUUAUCAUUUCAGAAACCAUGUCUGGUCCGUCCACAAAGUCCUUUUGAGAACUUCAGAGCAAGUAAAUCGUAGAAGAUUGAGACAGGAACAACGUCGCCAGAUGAUCCGGGGGGCGAAAGCACAGCGCCAGCAAAGGGUCCUCGGACCGGCGAGCGCAAGGGCGAAAAUUGAGAAGGUCUGUGAGCGAUACGGCAUACCUACGCCGUGGAAGGCAGGAUGGGUGUGCUACUACAAUGACCCCGCCAAGGUCGAAAAGGACCCGACAAGACGUAGGGCUAUGAAGGACGCCCAAGCAGACGAGUUGGCCGUGCUCAGUCGCUCAGAUCGCCGACGGAGUUCAAGUGCACAUUCCCGUCGAUCGAUCAGUGACGUUGGAAGAGAUCAGCAGGUUCAAGAUCUGGAGUCGAAGGUGCACGACCUGACUGACACGGUAAGCAGCUUGAAUAAAACAGUGAGCAUGCUGGCAGACAUGUUCAAGGAGUUAAUUCAAGACUUCGGUAUCUGCUCCUGCACCAAAAUAAUUCAGGGUGACGGGGUGUCGAGUUUUCUGUGUUGUAAUGUUAUAGUAAAGGAAUCCAGCUAUCAAGUCACCCUUACAAUAUUGCCUCUUGCCCUCCAAGUUGGGGAGGAUGUACUUCUAGUCUCCCGUGCUCACAGUACAUUCUGCUGUGUCGGAAGGCUUCGACGUAGUUGCUCGACGCAUGCUACUAACUCUGUAGACGGAAAGACGCAGUCGAGACGCUGGAUUUGUUGA